AUGCUCACGCAAGGUGACAAAUCUCUGCCUCAGAUCCUGCCAGGACGCACCCGCAUCGCCUUCACAACAAGCAGUUUUGCCACUCGUGUUUAUUUUGGAGCUGAGGGUGUUUUCCAGUCCUCUUGCUUGGAGUGUUUUGUAGCUUUUUCUUGGCCUGCCAUCAGUCGAGUGAGCUGUGAUGAGGAAUGUGGAGACGUGCAGGCUACUUGUCAGGAUGCCAUUGUCACACAACAGCUUCUGCAAGAGGGCUUCCACAGGGACCUAUUGAUGAAAGUAGAACUUGGUAUAAUGGAGGAGGAUAUAGGAGGAUGCACAGUGGCAGCUAGAAUUCGUCUUCCACCAGGAAUCUAUGUGGAUCCCUAUGAACUGGCAUCACUAUAUCAGCACAACUUAACAAAGGAAGUGUUAAUUUCUGAUGCUGUUGAUGUGGAAGCUCCUGAAUACUUAGCCACAGAUCUUGUUGUUCUUACCUACAUGAAACCCGACCCUCAGUGUUCCCGCUGUUUUAGAGCUGCCUUGCCCGUGCAUGGACGGUACCACCGGCCAGCAGAAAACAAUGGGGAAGCGUUGGUGGUUCUGAAGAGUCCAGAAGUACUGAUCUGCUGCUGUGACAGUCGCGUGUCAACAGAGUGUUGGAAACCUUCUGAAGUGGAAGCUCCCUGUUCAGGGAGAAAUGACUACCCGUGUCAGUGGUAUAGCAUAAAGCACAAACCUGUCUAUGAGGAGUUGAUUCUGCAGGUUCCAGUGGGGCUCAGACAACAUAAUUCCUUAGUGUGUGUCGUGACUCUUCUUAGCACGGUCCUCUGUUCCAGCGUGAUUCUUGCAGCUGUGUGCAAAUAUGGGCACUUCUCCCUGGAGACUUUCUCAGAGCAGAAGUAAAG